AUGGCGACCAGACGUGUUAUGGCGAACUCCGAUAUUAUUCCACCAUUACUUGAUAAAUCUCGUAAAGAAAUUGUUAAUUCAUCAACUAUUGGUAUUGAUUUUCUUGGUAAUGCUUUAAGCAACGACCUUAUUUACGAGGGCACACGUUUGAAAUGGUGCAAUGAUUUAGACUCUCUUAAGGCGUUUGUUGCCGAAGUGCUUGACCUAAACGGGAAAUGGUGUUCUCCUGGAGGUGGGUCUAAGAGGUUCACAAGCUCCAAUGCUGAACUAACUUUGACGUGGUAUUCAGGCAAGCAAAACACUUUAUUAUUUCAAGGCAAAGAUGGCAACCUAAUUCGGGAUGGAUGUGUCAAAUUUUGUCAGACACGGGAUGGUGUUAUGAAGUCGAGUUGUAAACAAGUGCAAGCCCUGUCGAAAAAUUCAGAGUUACAGCGGGAUCUCAUUGCUCAAAAUAUUUUGGAACCAGAGCCUACACCUAUAUCGAGACCGGCCAACCAAGUUGAUGCCGCAUCACAGGUUUGUCUAGACAUUAUAGGUGAUAAUUCCAACUAUUUGUCGAGCUGUCGCUGUUCGUGUGGCGUUCUAGCUGCUGAUGUUGAGGAAGUUAAAUUAUAUAUUACUAUUCUAUCUAACAGAAUCGAUUCGAUUGCAAAUGCUAAUACCGAAUAUUCUCAUAAAGAUAAAGAAAUUGAUCGUCUUCGGAGUGAACUUUCGAUUGAGAAGGCGAGAUUUGAAAAGCUUAAAUCUGAGUUGAGUUUAUUUGUGAAAGAACGAUCCCUUGAAAUUGAAAAGUUGAAUCUGACCAUUGUUUCCCUAGAGAAUAAAAAUGCAUCUACAUUUGCUGCUCCGAUGAACAAUAACAAUAACAAUAGUAAGAUUAAUAAAAUAAUAUCAUGAUUGCGGGUAUUCCCUUUGUUCUCGCAGGGCAAUUAAAAACUAAUACACCUCAUUAUAUUCAUAUUUUCUAAUCCUACCCGCUUUUACGUCAUGUCAGGUAGAAUUAGUUCUAAUCCUACCCGAAACGACGUCAAAGCGGGUACGAUUAGAAAAAAUGAAUAUAAAUGAAGAUAUCUGAAAUCGCCAAAACUAAACAAAGACAUGGAAAACAAUUAUACCAUUUAAUUUAUACCAUUAUUUAUUGUUAAUUGUUUUUUAAUGGCCCUGCGAGAACAACGGGAAUACCCACAAUCAUGAUAUUAUAAGGUAAUAGCAUAAAAAGAAGCGAAUUAGCUAUUGAAAAGUCCCGCCCGAUGAGGGUCGUUUAGUAAAAUUCCCUUGGGCGCCGCUCGAUUCGGGUCAUUUAGUAAAAUACUAAAUGACCCUCAUCGAGCGGCGCCCAAGGGAAUUAUACUAAACGACCCUCAUCGGGCGGGACGUUUUAAUAGCUAAUUCGCUUCUUUUUAUGCUAUUACUUAUAAACACUCUUAUGAACAAAAACAACAGAAGUGGUCACCGAAACAAUGGUCAUCAUAACAACAAUGGGUUAAAUCAAUGCAAAUCUCAAAACGUCAGUUUACAACUUUUCAUCCCUGCUCCUGUAAAUAAUAGGGACCUUGAAAGUGUGCCGUCUCACGAUACUAAUAGGGACUUACAAAACAAGGCACUACAAAUCAAUCAAAUUGCAAAUAUGCCCGAAAAGCAACCAAUAUCGGAUUGGAUUGGUUCUUUACCGUUAAUAGAUAUACCCAUCCAAGCGAAAAAUAACCAAUAUAUUAAUGGAAAUACCUCGAACAAGCCUCCUUUCCCCAAGCGCCAUCGAAUGAAACCACCACCCUAUCGAACGGGCCAUCGCCACCAAUCCCUCGAAUGGCUGAGCCAUUUGGACUUUGUACACCAACUGUGCAAGAGGUAG